GGGCAAGUUGUCGGAAUAGUCUUAAUAGGCUUCCGCAACUGCCAUAGAGUGAUUCAGUACGUCUCAACGUCCCCGCGUUUGAUGGCUUUUUGAUGCCCCAAGACGUGGCGCCCGUUCACCUCCUGCAACGACGCGACGGUCCUCUUGGCCAUUCGCAACGCGUAGUACGUGGCAUGAAUCCAAAUCAAACGACAACAUACACGCCCCUCGAAUCGCUGUUUCUAUUUCAGUUAUUGGCCCAGUACGGGCUCGUCGCCGAAGCCUUUCCUCGCAUUUCCCACGAUCUCAACCAGAACGGCUUGAUCAGGGCACAGGAGAGCUAUGAUGCUGAAAGACUGAGCCCGGAGAAGCUCGAGCAUCUCGCAUGCCGACUCGUCCGCGAAGAACAAGUCCGGGAGGCUGAAGCUGCCGACAAGAAUGCCAAUCGAGCCGGCCUGUCGCCCACGUCCAGGAAACGAAAGCUUCCGAGUCCAUCCUUGCCCUCGCUCAAAGAGCUGCAGACGCAAUGCGACAAGCUUCCUCAGUUCGUUGAUAAACUCUACGCCACCUACAGAGCCGAUAUAAUACGUCGCAUCAAGGAGGACGAAGAUGUGUUGGAGAAACUAGAAACAGAAAUCCGUGAUCUCGAAGCGGCCGAGGCGGCAGAAACUACACCUGUUCCAACGGAAUCGAACGCCCCUACUCCCAGGGCAAACGGCCUUCCUCCUGCUCCAGCUCCAGCUCCAGCCUUAGCCCUAGUUACCGCCGGGAAACCAGCCCAGCCUGUCCCUAUUUCUGUACCUGUCAGGCCAAACGGUCAUGUCAACCAAACGCCAACACCCACUCCGGUUUCCCAGACGCAAAAUACUGGCAGUGGCAAACCUGUAAUCACUGUGCAGACGCCGACCCAGCCGCCUUCGUUGGACCGCAAACCAUCGCAGCCUUCGCCGUCCCCCAUACCUCCAAGUGUGCGGCCUUCUGGUGAGGUGCGCCAACCUUCGCCAGGCGUCAGGCCCAGCCAGUUCAGUAGACCUCCAUCGGUACCACCGUCUGGACUGCAACAUCCUCAAGCGGCUCCAGCUUAUGGACACCCUGCCGGACCAAGCACCCCUCAACCUCCGGCUGAAGGUCUCCAACGACCUCAUGUCUUGCCCAAGAGUCAAAGUCAGAGCCCGGCACCGAGCCCUGCCCAUCAACUUCAGCAACCUCAGACACCGGGCAAUUACAAAUGGGAGCCACCAUUCAAUCCCCAACAUCCUCCUUAUAACGGGCAGCCCAUCACCCGACCACCUUCAUAUCCAGGUCCGCCACAACCUGGACCACCUCAACAUCCUCAUCCACAACAUGCCCAUUCCCAACCGCCGCAGCAACAACAGCCACAGCCUCACACACAGCAUCAUCAGGCGCACUAUGGUAACAGGCAGACACCGCAACCCUUAACACAACCGGUUCGGACGCCAACACCUGGCAACGCCGCCCAAUAUCCUCAACAAGUAUUGGUGCCUCCACAGGGACCUGCUCAGGGUGUUAGGCAGACUCCGCCGCCACCACGCCAACAGUUCCCAGAGGCUUCUGUUUCACAGACACAGCAAUACCGACAUCCGGCAAUUGCUGUAAGUAGUCCUGCCUCGACGGCUCCUAUAUCUGCCCCACAGUACGCACAUCAGCAUCAGCAACAACAACAGCAGCAGCAGCAGCAGCAGCAGCAACAGCACCAGAAUCAGCAACAAUUCCACCCUGCUCAAGCGGCGACACGACAACCCGUUGCUGCCUCGCAAGUACACACACCAAGUCGUGCAUACCCUGUUGCACCGCCAGCGGCUCAACGAUCUGCUUUGGCUGCUCCUACACAUCCAGGACACCCCCCCAAUGUCCAGCCCCCUCAUGCGCAGCAUACACAUUCGUUGCCUUCAACACCAGUUGCUCAGCGCCAAGCUCAACACCCACCACCUCAGAAUGCACAGCCUCCAGUUGCCAAUAGGCAACCACCGCGACCAUUGAGUCAAGUGAAUCGGCCAGUCAAUACGAUUCCACCAAUCCAUCCAUCUUCCCAACCACAAACUCCUCUCUCGACAAGCGCGCCAUCACAUGUAGUUAGAGGUCAUGGUACUAAGUGGAUCUCGACACCGACACCGUCAACACCCCGAAUGGAGCCCAGUGAUUAUUUCGAUCCACAAAGUCCUGCUUUCGAGCCAAUAAGCCCGCCGAGCCGCCCAGAUCAGCCUGCAAAGACGUCAGACCACCAUUCUGGAAAGAAGGAAGGACGCAAGAAUACGCCGAAAUCUGACGCGUCAAUUCCGAAAGUUCCCAGCAGACUAUCUCGUAGUGCACAAAAGCCAUCACAGCCCAAAGAAUCAACGGAGGAUGUGGAGGUUGGACGCAAGAUCAAGAAUGAGGAAUCUACCCCGAGGCCUUUUGAGGACGCUGGUGACACUACUGCCGAUGAGAGUGUGCAUGGCAGGCAAUCUGGCACAACUUCACGCAUGAAUAACAAGCGCAAGCGACAAGAGACCCCAGUUAACCGCGGCCCACCGGUACCGCCUACACACGUUCUAUGGACCCGUUCUUUCCACAAAGUCAGCGCCUCAGCCCUGGAGCAAGUGACGAGUCACCGACAUGCAAAUAUGUUCGCAAAUCCCAUCAAGCCACGAGAUGCCCCAGGCUAUCCAGACAUUAUUCUACGCCCACAAGAUCUUAGGGCUAUUCGUACCGCGAUCAACCUUGGACAGAGAGCAGCCCAUGCGCUUGAGAAGACUCUUCCCGAUCUAGAUCCGAGCGCAAUGAACGUAUGGCUUCCUAUUUCGAUAGAUUUGAUACCGCCAAAGGGUAUCAUCAACAUUGCUCAGCUAGAACGGGAACUUGUCCACAUGUUCGCCAACUCCAUCAUGUACAAUCAGGACCCUGACCGUGGUGUCGGUCCUUCGUUUGUCGAGGAUCCAGAGGAUGAUGACGAGGAAGCUGUGGGUUACGAAGUCGACGAGAACGGUAUCGUCAAAGAGACUCGCAACAUGUUUGUGGAAGUUGAGAAGCUGCUCAGCGACUUGCGAAGUGAGAUUGAGCGCAACGCCCAACCUGCAAUGGUGGGACGUGGAAGCGUCAGUCGCGGUGUUAGUGUGGCAGGCGGCGAUGCAAGUAACGUAGAGGACGAUGGCGAUCAGACUGGGGAUACUGAGAUUCAAAGUACCGCCAAGAGAAGACGCAAAGGCUAGGAGCCGGAGGAACAUAGAAUUCUGCGAUCGGGAAGAAAGUCCUAGAGCUUGGUCACGGGUCGUCAUCUUUGCAGAAUCAAUCUGAUCAAGUCUAACGAAUGACCAUAUACUUUGUUGGUUCUUCGUUGUGUAUCAU